CACUCACUUCUCUUGUAUAAGUAGACGCCGGUCUCGCUCAGGUGCCCCUAGUUGACUGCGGUCAUGGCGGUGGGACGCACGGCGCUGCUCCUUAUGGUGACGAGCGUGAGUGCAGUCUUUGACGCGGCGCAGCCGACGUACGACCAGUGCAACUACAACUGCCCGGACUCCCCUCCCGUCUGCGCCAUCAACAAGUUCGGCCGUCUGCAGACGUUCCCCAGCGAGUGCAUGCUGAGGUACCACCAGUGCCGUUUCCCGGCCAAAGGUUUCAGAAAGAUCUCAGAAGGGGACUGUCUGCCACCCUUCAACCCACACACAGCUACCACGUCUGCACCAUCGGAAACAGAAGCGGACCAGGAAACUGAGGCUUAGAAGAUUUUCACAAAUACUCAUUGCUACGCAAUGUUGGUCUAGGAAAUUUCUGUACUGCAUUCGAUGUAUAUCUGUGCAGCUAUUUAAGUUUCCAAACAGCCACAAAAACCAUGUAGUAUAUAUAUAGCAAUGUUGGUCUAGGAAAUUUCUAUAUUGCAUUCAAUAUAUAUCUGUGCAGCUAUUUAAGUUUCCAAACAGCCACAAAAACCAUGUAGUAUACUAUCUUCUAUCAAGUCAUUGUUCUCUAAUCAUAUAUUUUUUAAAUAGAAAAACGGAAAAAAAUUAUAAUUUUGUAGUAAUAGUGAGUAUUUAUGUAUCUGAGACCUUAUUAAUAAAUUUUUAAUUAUGUA